GAUAAACGUUUCCAAACACAAUCAUGGCAGCUCACACAAAAAGGUAGAAUUUCGAUCGAGCGAAACAUUCUGAGGUCUCGCAAAGCUACGAGUAAUCAAAUAUGCUGCAAAGCGUGGCGAGGACACGCAUCCUAGCUGGUACAUCCUUUCGAUGCGCAAGCGUUUUUCGCAGAAAUGAACUCUACAUGGCUCCACGCGUUCUUGAUCACACGUCGAAAGCGUCGUACAGCGAAGAGAAGUUGCAGAAGAAGCUGCAGUCUUUCGUGCUACCAAAUCCGUUCCGAUGGCUCGGAGUCUUCUUGGAGUUCAUGGAGCUGAAAAACAACUGGGACCCCGAAUUUUCGAGGACACGAUUUAUGGAGGGAACCAAGCAGGCAAUUUCUACAGUGCUAUCUCUCGUAGCGACGCAACGCUUGGAUGAUUUGACCGGACUUGUGACAAGAGAGGCUCUUAACAACUUCAUUCAGCAGGCCUCAGAAAAGUUGGGGUACGGCAACACCCAGUAUUUGAAUGACCCAGACGAAAUAAUCGCUAUGCCACGUAAGGUACACCUGCAGUCCAUCGUCGAUCAGAAAUACUGCGAUGUUGACGUGGACUUCCUGGUAAUAAAGAAGCUGGAAUCCAGUUCUCGUGCAGGGCAAGCUACUAAUGCGGAUCUGCUGAUGUGUCUGCUGCUCGCACGCUUUCACAGGAAUUACAGUCCAGGACGCCUGCCCGAGUGGACCAUUACUAGACUAAGCUUUAACAAAGUGACGCCCACAAGGUAGCAGAUAUGUGUAAAGUCUCCCCACAAAAAUUUGUGUUUUACCAAAGUGACUUAUCCUUUGAGUGGUGGACACUGUGCCGUAAAGCUGCGGCUGCUUGUCCGUACAGCUGGAGAUACAGCGCUAGGCGGCUGUCACAAAAAUAAACCAGACCCAAUACACACACACAAAGAAAAAGGGUUCAAACCAUGUUACACCUUCAGUGGCAUUGAGAAAUUCUGGUAAGCUUGGAUAGUUUAUGACAGACAGAAAAUAAGAUCCGAGAAAGUGCCAAAUAAAUGUUCUAAUUCAUUCGUUCAUUCAGGAAAACUGGGAGUACCAGCUAUUUUUCUUGUCAUGAUGAAGCUGCAACUGUUGCAUCCACCAGGAAUGCUUGAUACUAUAAGGCACAACAUUUGUACAACAAUAUAUAGUAGUAAAAUCUCUCUUUAAAAAAAUCAUGUUAUUGAGCAUGUAACUUUAUAAGGACUUCAUUAAUGUAAUUUAUUUGUAUCUUUCUUUUUCAUCUCUUCUCUCUUUGAAACUUCCAAAUCCACAGCAGCAUAAAAGCUAUACAAACACGUUUCAUACGGAAGAGUUGCAGAUCAAUCAUCACCAAUGCGUGGGUAAUUCACCUGUAAUUCACAUCCUCGGUCUUGGGGGGGGGUUUCUUCAGCUACAUCACUAACACAGUUUGUCUGAAUGCUGCGGUGAAGUGAAACAUCACGCUUGUCCUUGCUCCACUUCGCCCUGAACUGUUUCUGGCGCUUCUCCCAAUCGUAAGAGCGCAUAGACAGAGCGUUUGUAGUUCUCCCAGGUGUACUCGUUCUCUCCUUCGUUGUACACCGCGGUGAGCGCUUCUCCGUAGCGACGCACCUCGGGCAUGACCUUGACUUUUGAUGUGGGGCAUUCGUCGGGAAGUUGUUGAAUGUGGGGCAGAUUGAAAGUCUCCUGCAUUGAUUGCAUUGACAGUUUUUCCUCCGUUACACACCAGCACUGCGCUCACACAACGAGUCAAAUACAGCCUCUGAGAUCGGCACGCUAUACGGGUUGCUGUUGUGUACCCUUCAGGGUUACUCAUUAUUGCGGAAAUACUAUAGCCGACUGAUUUUUGCAUGCCAAUUAUUCUAACUCCCACGGGGAACCGUGGCCUUCGCCAUAGGAUUAAUAUAUUUUACUACCAUUUUUCCGGUCAGAUCAAAUUCUGAAGGCCGCAUUUUCCGGACAAAAAUGCUUCCGGACAAGCACGAAUACGGCUACUUUCGGCACUACAGCGACAACUUUGAAACCGCUAUUUUGAAUUGUAUGCUUGGAUUGGAUUGAUAAUUGAAAUUCUAGACCCUAGACUUCACCCCGCCCCACGGAGAUCAUGAUCAAAUGUAUAUUUUGCAGAAAAAAUGUCUUAUUCAAACACACUCAAAAUAAAUACCUCAAACAAGA